CCACUAAACUGUUUGGAGUGUAGCACACUACUGAAUAUUUUGAUAUUCUUCACCGUCUUAUUUCCUGUUGUUUAUUUUGAGACAGACGUGCAUAUUCCUGCUCAGCAGAAGUUGAAUUUCUUUCAAGAAAGGAACAUUUGUUUUUAAAUAUUUUCUUCGUAAAACCCUCCUGGAAUCCUCUGGAUAUCUCUCCCAUAUCGGGGGAGAAACAAGUUGGUUGACAAUCUCAAGAAACAUCAUGUCUGGUGAUCUCAUGGGAAUGAAGGAGAAUUUUACAUCAAUGGUACAGAAGGUGCAACCUUGGAUCUUGUCUCAUUUUAUGAUGUGGCUGGACUUGAAGGUAGCCGAGUACAAAGUACAUGGAUGUAUGAUUCUUGAUCAAACUGGCAUCUCUUCUCCACGAUGGCUUUCAGACAAUAUUUGCUCUCAGACCACAAGAAUACCAAAACUGACACAUGUGAGCAAUGAAAAUAAAGACGAAGAUAAUGCCUUUCAGGCCUUGAAUCAAUCAGCUAUGUUCCCUGGUGAGACUUCUAAACCCCAUAAUAACCAGCCUCAGAUAAAUUUUUUGCCAAAUCCAAUUACCAACAAUUUUAAUAGAAAAACAUCAUCAUUAGCAUCAUGUUUAUCAUCUCCUGAAAUCCAAAUCCAAGAAUUUCCAUCAUCAUCUCCUUCAGUUUCUUCAUCCCUUCUCAACUUACCCAAAAGACAAGACAGCUACAGGAACGAGAAUGAAAUUGCUCCAAAUAUGACAAUUCCACUACAUCAUGCAAUGGCAGUAGAAGAAAACUCUCAAAGAACAAUUGAUAGGAUCGAAAUUCAUUCCUCGGACAAUCUAAAUUCAUCGUCAGUGAAUGGUUUUCAAAAGGCAAACAUGGAAAAAGACUGUAUGAAUCUCGAGGAAGAAAUGAAUUUAAACUAUGAUGUUGAGAUAAAAGCUGAACCAUUUUCAUCUUUUAGCGAAGAAGAAGUUAAUCUUCAAAGUAACUGUGCCCCUCAGUAUGACAUAUUGGGAUCUGUGGGGAAAAUAAACCAAAAUGAUGUGAAUCCAAACAUUAGUUGUGAAAGUAGUAUUACUCAGUCUAAAGGAACUAUAACAAUUGAUUUAAAUGGUAAGAUUCUUGAAGAGGAUACUGAUAACAUUAUGAUGACACAAAAACCACAACUAGAAGAGCAGCAACAGCAUCAAAUGAUGCAGCAGCAGCAGUCAUCAGCUUUGCCGCCAGUAGAGUCUCUUACCGGCAGAAUGUUUCUACACCAAAUACCAGUUAUCAAUCUGCAGAACUGUAAUGUAAGGAAAGUGACAUCCACCACAGGACGCAAUAAAAAGUCUGUUCCUGCUGUUCUUAGUUCAACCAAACUCUCCAAUAAUUCAAAUAGUAAUGCCAGAGGAAAGCUUAUCUGCCAGACAUGUGGAAAAAUUUUCAGAUGCCGUUCCUCUUUGUCACGACAUAAGUGGCUUCAUAGAGAGAAAAGGCAUCGGUGUUUUGUCUGUAAGAAAGCUUUCCAUCGCAAAGAACACUUAUACCUUCAUUUGAAGCGACAUGCGAAGUCUAAUGAUAUCACCUGUCCCAUUUGUGCUAUGAAAGGCAGUAACCUCCAUGCCAUUGAAGAACACAUAAGACAGUGUCACCAGAAUAUUUUCUGAAUAGCUAAUUUGUAAAGUGUACAUAAUUCUGUGUGUGUGUGUGUGGAAAAGAGAAAAACAUGUAUUUAUUCAUUAUAUGUUUGUAAAAUAAAAUGUAAUUGUUUAUUUUAUUUUCAAACAAGUCUGGAUAUUUUUUUUAUAUAUUUUAUUGUAUUAAAAAAAAAUUAAAUUAUGAACCAUGUAUUUGAAGCCUA